GCCGGCACAGGCACAGGUCUCUGUCGGCUGAGCCGCGCUGCUGGCGGCUGGAGCGGAGGCGGAGGUUGGCGGCGGUCUGGAGUCCAUGGAGCCAUCAGCGGAGCAGGCGAGCCCACAGCCCCCGCACCCCGGGGACCACUGCAUCCACGACGGCGACUUCGUGGUGCUGAAGCGGGAAGAUGUGUUCAAAGCAGUGCAAGUCCAGCGGAGAAAGAAAGUAACUUUUGAAAAACAGUGGUUCUACCUGGAUAACGCUGUUGGCCAUAGUUACGGGUCAACAUUUGAGGUGAGCAGUGGAGGGAGUCUUCAGCUCAAGAAGAAGAAGGAAGAGCCUGCUUCAGAGACUAAAGAAGCGGGCACUGAUAAUCGAAAUAUAGUUGAUGAUGGAAAGUCCCAGAAACUCACUCAAGACGAUAUAAAAGCUCUGAAAGAUAAGGGCAUUAAAGGAGAGGAAAUAGUUCAGCAGCUAAUUGAAAACAGUACAACAUUCCGAGACAAGACAGAAUUUGCCCAAGAUAAAUAUAUUAAAAAGAAGAAGAAAAAAUACGAAGCCAUCAUUACUAUUUUGAAGCCAUCUACCCGUAUUCUCUCAAUUAUGUAUUAUGCAAGAGAGCCUGGAAAAAUUAACCACAUGAGGUAUGAUACACUAGCCCAGAUGUUGACGUUGGGAAAUGUCCGAGCUGGCAAUAAAAUGAUUGUCAUGGAAACGUGUUCGGGCUUGGUGCUAGGUGCCAUGAUGGAACGAAUGGGAGGCUUUGGCUCCAUUAUUCAGCUGUACCCUGGGGACGGACCUGUUCGGGCAGCAACAGCUUGUUUUGGAUUUCCCAAAUCUUUCCUCAGUGGUCUUUAUGAAUUCCCCCUCAACAAAGUAAACAGUCUUCUCGAUGGAACGUUUUCUGCUGAGCUGCUGUCCUCAGAGCCCAAAAACAGCACUCCAGUUGAAGAAAGUAAUGGUAAAUUUGAAGAGAAACAGAUAGCCGAACAAGCCGAUGAGGACAGCAUGGCAGAUGCCCCAGAAAGCAUUGAAGGAGAGCAGAGAACAAUGGAAAUUGUUCCUGGGGACCCAGAGAAUAAGGACCCUAAAGAAAAAGGAAGCAAGAGAGAUUAUAGUCAGGAAAGACAGAGGAGACAAGAAGAGCAGAGGAAAAGACAUUUGGAGGCUGCUGCUCUGCUGGGAGAGAGAAAUGUAGAUGGUUUGAUUGUGGCCAGCCGUUUCCACCCCACUCCCCUGCUGCUGUCUCUGCUAGACUUCGUGGCCCCGUCAAGGCCGUUUGUGGUCUACUGUCAGUAUAAAGAGCCUUUGUUGGAAUGUUACACAAAACUUCGGGAGAGGGGAGGAGUCAUUAACCUAAGGCUGUCUGAAACCUGGCUCAGAAAUUACCAGGUUCUGCCAGAUCGGAGUCAUCCCAAAUUGCUGAUGAGUGGAGGUGGAGGGUACCUUCUUUCAGGCUUCACUGUUGUCUCUGACAGCCUUCGCGCAGACCCCAGCCCCAGCCUCAAGUCCUGUGCAAGCACUUUAGACUCACACAAGGCUGAGGAGCCAGCAUCUAAAAAACAGAAGUGCUUGGAAUCAGGCUCUUAACUCUUAGGAGAUUAACAUUUAGUCCAAGGCAUUCUGCAGCUGGUAAUUAAGCUCUCUGUGCCACCACUAAAUGUUUUUACAGUCCUAAGAGUAUGUGUGUGCACCUGUUCCUGGGGAGAAGUAAGUCUUUCCUUUGCCUCAGAUACAGACAGUGCUGCAGCUCCGACAUGCAGGAAUGCAUGGGUGCAGCAGCUCUGCUCCUAACAGACUCAGAGUAAAGUGUCUGCAAAUACCUUGGGAAUGUCAGCACCUUGAAAAUGUUGAUAUAUAAGACUUUGCUUACAUUUUAAGCAAAGAUGAUGAAUACAAGCUAGCUAAAACAUGGGGAGCAAUGAAAGGAAAUUUCCUCUCAUCCAUUCCCUUCCACCUAAGCAAUAUAAUGUGUGAGCCUGUGAGAUUUAUAGUACCAAAAAUGUGUACCCUGGGGCCCUGCAAUGGAAUAAGCUUUUUUAGAUACUAAAGUUUAUUAUUUUAAUAGCGGACAGUCUGAGGAAGACUGGGUAUUUAUUUUACUGCCUGUCCCCAUUUUGGUGCAUAGAAAGGCUUAGUAGGUGCUUUUUGCAGUGAUUUGCCCAUCUUCUUUGUUCUAAAUAAGGUGAUUUGAACUUCUGUAUAUUAUUAAACAAUCAGGUUUUUCCCUCUCUAGACACAGACACACAGAAGUGUGUCUUGGUGUUGGCAUAUAUAGACGUGCACAGGUGGAUCUGUGUAUGUCAAGAGAGUGAAUACAACUUUAUUGAAUUGUGUUAAAGGCCUGAGCAAAGCAGACCAGCUCUCAGUGUGUUGGUGUCACUCCUUGUCAAGUGUGUUUCAAGUGCCUUUUUCUGGGGUUGCUCAUACUGGUCUCUAAAGGUCUGCUGCAGUGAGGGGUGGGUGGCCUUUAUCUGCUCUGAAAAAGUAUAAUCAUUAUUUUCCCGUCUCCAUUGUAAGAAAUAAAAUUGUCUAGAGAAACCCAAGACUCUUGUCCACUUUAAAAUCUUAAGUCUUGCUCACUAGAGGAAGCCUGUCCAGGCGGAGCAUCUCAGGAGGAAAAAAAAAUGCUUUCCUAAUAGCAUGUGCCAUUCUGAUAAUGGCUGCUGUGAUUACCACCUGUGGUUUUUAUUCCUUUUUCUCUAAACAGUUGCAUUUAAAGAAUAAAAUUUUCCUA